AUGGGUGAAGCUGCCUUUAAUCUUGGCCGACUGCGCCAGCAGCUGGAUCAAUACUCGGUACCAUCUGUCUUCCCGGACGCACCAGAAUUCGAGAAAUUGGCCCAGUCUUACAAUCGAGUAUUUACAUACAAUCCAGCUGUUAUAUGCUUACCAGAGAAGGACGAUGAUGUCGUCAAUGCUAUAAAGGCGGCCCAAGCCCAUGGGGUCAAGGUUCAAGCUAAGGGAGGUGGCCAUUCUUACGCAGCUUACAGCUCCGGUGGCCAAGAUGGUAGCCUCAUCCUGCACAUGAAGAGUUUCUCUACCGUCAAGCUUGACAUCGAAACUAAUACUGCUGUGGUUGGGGCCGGCGUUCGCUUGGGGCAACUGGCGACAGAAUUGUUCCAACAGGGAAAGCGGGCAGUCCCUCAUGGAACAAUCAAGAAUGUCGGAGUGGCUGGUCAUUUUUCCCACGGGGGCUACGGUUAUCAGUCUCGAGCAUGGGGUCUGGCUCUGGAUUCUAUUUGUGGGCUGGAUCUGGUUCUUGCCGAUGGGAGACUGUUGCAUGUUACGGCCACCGACCAUCCAGAGCUCUUCUACGCCUUCCGCGGGGCUGCCGACUCCUUCGGGGUCAUCCUGCGGUUUCAUCUCCGGACGGUACCGGCUCCAAAUGAAGUUGUUCUUUUCUCAUACGACGUCGAAGGUAUAGUCGAAGAUGUUGAGGAGGCGACUGCUGCUUUCCUCAAUGUCCAGCAGGUUGUACAGGAUGCCAGUAUCAUCGACCGCGACAUUUCCUUCGGCUUCUACAUUCAUGACGGAACAUGGACCAUCUGGGGUGUAUUCCUAAGAGACAAAGAGCAUUUCGAAGGAAAGAUUGCACCCGCCCUGCUUCGUGGUUUCAAGAGGCCUGUAAAGAAAUUCGUGCAGAACGAGGCAUUUGACGCCUUCUACGCCCAGAGUGUACUCAUCCCAGAGCACACACCACUCACCGAGAAGGUUGUUCGAGACUACUUUGAGGCCAUGCGGACCGCCGAGGUCGAAUCAUCUCAGUCGUGGUAUGCCGUCAUCAACGUUCAUGGGGGCCCUGAUUCGCAGAUAACAUCUGUUCCAGCAGAAGAAUCAGCAUACACCCAUCGAGAGAUGCUGUGGGUAAUUCAACAUUACGGAUACUCGAGCAAUCAUCUACCACCUUUGCUCGACUCCACCAAGGCUGUCAUUACUCGUCUUACAAGGACUGUCAGAGCCGGCGUGCCCGCAUCAUCAUUGGGAGCUGAGCCCAACUACCAUGAUCCAGACAUGGCUCGCGACAUGGCUCACAGUCUGCACUACGGAGAAGCUGCGAUGAAGCGGCUUGAGGCUCUAAAGAGCGAGAUAGACCCGACCGAGGUUUUUUGGAAUCCCCAAUCAAUUCGGCCGAGGGUGAACUAA